AUGGUGCUAUACGAAGACCGCCAUGCGGACCAGCUCAAGGCGCUCCUUGCAGAAAAAAUCAAGAAUGACUUUGACUGUGGUGCCGAGCCCGACACGUUGGCUGACUAUGUCUUGAUUACACUCAACAACGAAGGCGAGGCCGAUGCCGAAGAGGAGAGCUGCCGCAACGACCUCAAGGAGUUUUUUGGCGAGCAAACCGACAAGUUCGUCGACUUGUUAUUCCGCACGCUUCGGACCAAGGCAUAUCUGCCGAAGCGGGCACCCUCGCCGAUUCACAUGCCGCCGGUCCAGCGUGCACCAGCUGCAGAGGAGUCUGGUGUCGAGCGGAAGAGGAGACGCAGCAGGAGCCCGGAGAGCCGCAGUCAUCGCCAGCGGCGCAGUAGGUCGCCCGAGAGACGGCGGAGGGAGAAGAGCACCGAGAGGAUAUCGAUUCGCGGUAGCUUUGAUCCGAAGUUCAUGGACGUGCCGCUGGAAGCUGUUGGCAAGGUGCUGAACAGCCAGAAUGACAUCCAGCAUCUGCAACCGCACCAUGUCAGCCAGGAGCAGUAUAUGAUGAUGCAGCAGCAGCAGCUUCAAUUCCAGCAGCAGCAGCCAGCAACAGCAGCAACAGCAACAGCAGCAGGGUCAGCCCCAGCGACCGCCGCGGAGAGGUGCCAAGCCGUGCUACGAGUUCCUUCCAUGUCUCGCUUGCGGAGGCAAUGGCAAUGGACCCAGGCUAUUCCCACCAACGUCGUUGCUGCCGCUCAGCAGUUCAUGGUGGCCAACGGCGCCCCGGUGCCAGUGUUUGCCCCUGGCAAUCAGUUUGGUUCUAUACCUCAACAGCAGCCCCAGCAGCAGCCUCAGCAGCAAUUCUAUAACGGCAACGGUGGCGUGCAGCGCCCGCCUCCCAAUGCCGAGGUCCAAAUGUCUUCUACAGCCGUCUAUGUGACGAACAUCCCCGAUGAGGCACUGAGCGAGGAGGGCGUACGGGCGUUCUUUGACAAGUUUGGCACCAUCACCGCCGUGCGUGUGGAUUUCCAAAGGCACUCGGCGCACAUCGACUACACAGAGCCGCAGGCGCAGCAGCAGGCGCUGAGCACGCCCGAGGCAAUUUUCAACAACCGCUUUGUGCGUGUCCUGAAGGGCCGACUGCCACGUGGCGCCGCACCCUCUGCCGAUGCCGACUCAGGCGCGCAACCUACGCCACCCACAGAGCCCGCGGUCCCGAUCUGGCGGCCCAAGUCGGCGCGCAUCAAGAAGGCUGAGCAGAUCGACAGGUACGUCAAGCAGCAAAAGGAAUAUUUUGACAAGCUCAAGACACCUGGCCUCGCCCCCGACAUGAAGAAGGUGAUUAUGGACUCGAUCAAGGUUAUUUCGGCAAAACUGAAGCAGCUGCAGCAACCCUCCGCAGCUCCGGCAACGCCAGCGGCAGCACCCGAACCUGCCACGCAGACUGAUACUGCCAGCGAGUCAUCGGCGCUGCCCAGCGAGCGCGAGGCACUAGAGGCAAGAGUGCAGGCGCUGCAGGCCGAAACGCAGCGGCUAGGUGCGUCGACUCGCGGCGGCCGUGGGCGCGGCCGUGGGCGUGGCGCGUGGGCAGGCGGCAUGAACCGCGGGUCGAUGAGCCUGGAUAAGCGGCCACGCACUGUGGUACUGAAGAACGUGACCCAGGACGCAGCCGAGCGCAUGGACUCGGCAAUGGGCCAGUUUGGCCAGAUCGAGGCCAUGGACAAGGACGCGAGCAGCGACCACCCGCCGUUCACGUACACGGUCAAAUACAAGCAGCGGUGGGAGGCCGAGAGCGCCAUAAAGGCCAUCAAUCGCUGUGGACAGCUUUGGCGAUGUCACGGUUGAAUGGGGCUCCAGCUGAACAAUUCCUUUCUUUUUUUUCUUUUUCUUUCACGCUAUCCUUUUUACUCUUGAAUAUGACUGCGCAAUGUGCGCAGCUGUGAAAAAAAUACACAUCCAUUUGUCAGGGAUUGAUGGUCACCGUGAGGAGACUGGUCUUUCCCAAUCUAUUUCCUUCCC